AUGAUGUUGGCGAGUGAUAUCACAGUGAUCGUGCAGAAAUUAUUGGUUAGGGACGGGCGAUUAUCAGUGGCGCAGUUGGCUGAUAUAUUCUCGUUCAUAUUCACGGUAGAUAAGCGUGUCAAUGAUUGCGUUGUUUUGGGACGAGAAAUAAUCCGAAUAAUAUGUGAUGCUAAAGAGAAAUUUGUUGGUGAAGAGGUGAUUCAAACGAUAUCAUCAGUGAAAUCGAACGGUGACGGAAUACUUUUAUCGUUGAUUGCGUUGAUAUCGACUUUGAUCGAAUGUAACGAGAGUGAACAGGGCAAAUGGCUCGCCUUCUUAUCAAUGCCGUGGCUCACGGUACUUUUUGGAUCGUUGGAAGUGAAAAUGAGCACAAUAGCGGCGAUUGCUCGGAUGAGUUACGCAUCGGAAUGGCGUCGAAUCAUCUUUACACGAGCACUCGAGAGCUCUGAUACGAAACUGCAACGAACCGCUCUGGAGCAUUUUGCGAAUUUCGUUCAUUCGAUUGAUAUCUAUGCGUUUGGUCAUCUUCUCGAUCGAAUUCUUUUCAUAGCAAAUUCGGCCACUCAAUUGUCAUCUGCACACGGCGCUGAUAUAUGUGCCACUGUAUUGAAGGCAAUCGCGAAUUCGUUGUGUACGUUGGAUACAAAGGUAAUGUUGUCGGAGAAUGAUCUUUGCGCUGUAUGUUCUCAGAGAGUUGUAACCAAACAUAAACUUCAAGUGGACCUCUCGAAACUGUUUUGUUUACUGGAGACGGUGAUCUGUCAUAAUGAUAAGGAACUCCGACUUGGUGAGUUUAUCAUUUCACUGGAUUAA